GAUGAUGCCACGGUGGUCGACAACAUGGAGUCUGUACCUGCCAGUUGUCCAGGAGACAAAGGCGUGGGGGCGCAGGGUGUGGAUGGCGGUCCCCCCACCCCCUUUUCUGUUACAUGGGGGUCUGCAGGACUCCUUGUGCUCCUCGCUCUGCUCCUGGGCGCAGUCUGCGGUCUCUUCUCUCCCGUCUCCCUGGUGUAGACCCAUGGCACGCCGGUCCCAGAGCUCCUCUCAGGGGGACAACCCGCUGGACCCCAAUUACCUCCCCCCGCACUACAAAGAGUAUUACCGCAUUGCUAUAGAUGUCCUAGCGGAGGAGGGGCCGGAGGCGUAUGAGCGCUUCCUUGUAGAGGAGGGGGCUCCGGACUUCUUGUGUCAUUCAGAAAUCGACCACAUCUCAAAAUACCUGCAGAGACCCCCAGAGCCCACCCAGGAAAGUCUAUAUUCAGACCCUGUGUAUAGUGGACAAGAGGAAGAUGACGGCUCCUCGGGGACCUACUGGCCCAUGCACUCCGACACCGCCGCACCGGAGCUGGACCUUGGGUGGCCCACGGUCUACGCUUUCCAGGGGACAGAGGUGACCACCCUGAUACAUCCCCCCCCACCGGAGAACCCCAGUAUAAAGGAGGAGGUGAGGAGGAUGAUCCGCUCCGCACAGCAGGUGAUUGGGAUCGUGAUGGACAUCUUCACUGACGUGGACAUCCUCUCGGACCUCCUGGACGCCGCUGCCCGGCGCAUUCCUGUCUACAUCAUCCUGGACGAGAUGAACUCUCAGCACUUUCUUGACAUGGCAUCUAAGUGCAGGGUUAACCUGAACUUUGUGGAGUUCCUGAGGGUGCGGACCGUCUCUGGCCCCACAUAUUUCUGCAGGACAGGGACCACAUUCAAGGGGAAUCUUCUGGAGAAGUUUAUGCUGGUGGACUGUACGGUGGUGUUGAGCGGCACAUACAGCUUUAUGUGGUCCUUUGAGAAGCUCCACCGCAGCAUAGCUCACAUCUUCCAAGGAGAACUGGUAUCGAGCUUUGAUGAAGAGUUCCGGAUUCUGUUUGCCCAGUCGGACCCUCUCAUCCCCCCUGAGAACGCUUUGAUCAAGAUGGAUAAACCCUUUAUGGGAAUGGUGCCAUUUGCCGGUCCUCGCCCUUACUAUGAUCGAAAGCUUCACUUCAUGUACCCUAGAGAUGACAGCUCCCAGAACUCCUUCAACUCCUUCGGUGUAGAUCCAGACCGCCAUUUUCUUCAGUCGUUCCGCAGAGAAGACAUGAUGAGACACACAAUGGAUACAGGCGGCAUGAGAUUUCAUGGGCCGAGGAUGCCUGACCCAAUGCAGAUGCAGAUGCAGAUGCACAUGGAUAAAAUGCAGACGUCCUUCAUGCAAAACAAACACUUGGACAUUGACGCCUUUAAGAGGCACAGCUUUGCAGAAGGCACCUUUGAGAACUACACAGCUUCUAAGCAGUACAACAGGCAGAUGUUCAUGAAUGCUGACAAUAAUGAGUACCGCAUCCAGUCAAGCCAGUUCCAGAAAAGUCAGUUUAUGCAAAUGGACCGUACAGGGCGGACUCAAGGACUCUUUGAGAAGAUUCGAGGGAAUCGGCAGGGCUUCCAAGAAAAUGAUGAGAUAGAUUCCAGGUUUCCUCCUUACAAAGCUUUACAGGGAGAAAGUAAUUACGCCAUUGAGGGCCCAAACACAAGACUGGGUUACAACCCCUCCAACUCUUCUCGAGAGGUUAGACAUGGCUCGGACCAGGUGGUGCUUGGGAGUGAAGGAAAAUUUGGGCAAAGAUCACAAGGACGUCAGAAGUUCAUGUGUCAGAUUUCGCCCACACAGAAGCAGAGCUCAGAGCAGAAGCAGUUCUUCCAAGACCAAGAUGCAGAUAAAAAAGUUCAAGACAACAAACAAGGUUUACGCAGCUGGCGCAUCUCCUCGUACCUAAGCGGAAUCCAGCCAGACCAGGAGGAAGAAGGGAUGAUGAUGGCUAUAGAUACAGAACCUUUUGAGGAGCCUCCAGCUCCGACUGGACCUUUACCUCCAAAUGAGAUGCUGGCAAAGUUUUCCAUCGAUCCCAUCCCCCCAUAUAAACCCUUAUUAGCUGUCAGUGAAACCUCUAUGCAAGUGGACACGAGCAAAGAGAUGGCCAUGAUAGAGAAGGAGAAAGAGGAUUCCUUCCUAUCGCGACAUGACUCUUUCCGGUCACGGACUAACCCCUUGAUUCAAAGAAGUUCUCGUUUACGAUCCUCCCUUAUAUUUAGCAACUCUAAACUGGAGCAGCACGGAGCGGCCACUGAGGCUGUGCAGGUGAUUCAGAAGGAGCAGAGCACAAGUGAGAUCAUCAAAGACAACGAGGUCAUAAAGACAUCAUCCAAGGUAGCAGAGAUCCUGGAGAAGUACAGAAGUGGCAACAAAGACAAUGAGGUCACCUCCGUAAUGCAAGCCAAAGCGGCCUCUAAGGUCAUUCAGGAAGAAACGGAUGAUGGACAGAAAAAGAACACUACCGAAACCAUGGCAUACAAAUCCCUGGAGUCCAAACUCCUGGACAAAGAUUCUUUUAGCCGCACCCUUCUUGAGUCACAAUAUCGCUCUUCAAUCACUUCUCAGUUCCAAGAUAUCUUUAGCAAAGAUAAGCAGACAAGCUCCAUUACUAAGGUCGAACAAAGGUUCUCAAAUAUCCAAACAAUAGACAGCAACAUGGCUGCUCUGCCAGAGCCAAAAGAUAGUGGCCCUGUAAUCACCGAAAUUAUAGACCCGCCAAAACCACCAGAGGUUGAAAUGCCAAAGCUACUGAGCAAACCAAACCCUGCUCUUACAUUUGGGAAUGCUCUAGAAAGUAUGUCCCAUAACCCAACACCCAUCAUCACUUCCCCCACCACCUCCUUAACCAAAUCAGAGGAAGAACUAUCAAAAAAUGAGCCCACCCCAAUGGAGUUCAUCCGCAGGGGGUCCAUGAGACUCAAACAAUUUCUUCAGUCAAAAACAGAGAAGAAAGCGGAAGAGGAGGCAGUUUCCGAUGCAGCUAAAGUAGAGAAACAGAAUAGUGCCUUCAGACGACUCUCUAAAACCGAGAGCUCCGAGCCAACAGCAGUGGGGGAGGGUGAAGAUAAAACUAAAAUGGCUUCUUCUCCACCCAAACCCACAUCUACUGCUCAGUCCAGGUUGUCUUCUUCAACCUCAAACGUUAUCUUCAGUAGUAACCUACGUGAUGACACCAAGGUGAUCUUGGAGCAAAUAUCAGCCAAUAGUCAGAAGAAUAGGGCAGAAAUGGCCAAACAGUCUCAGGCCAUAACCAGCAAUGACUCGGAGAUGACGGCUGGCCAUUCCAACUCAACAGAGACCAAAGCAGAAGAUACCAGCAGCCCUGACUCUACAUCUCUCACCAGGACAGGAAGCUUCCUGAGCCGUAGUCGAUUCUCACGGCCUUCCCCGACCUCUCCAGAGGAUAGAGAUAACCUUCUAAAGAGGAUGGAGAGCAUACGGAAGGAAAAACGGGUCUACAGUAGGUUUGAGGUAUUCUGCAAAAAAGAAGAGCAGAACCAAGUGGAGGAGAACGAGGACGACUCGAAGGAUAAGAAAGUGGGGAAACUGCUGGGGAAGUUGGGAACCUUAAUAAAGAAAUGAGCAAAGACCCAGAGUGUUUCCAUCUGGUGCCAAUAACACUGCAGAGGGUUCUACGUCUUAGAGAUUCCACACGUUACCAUGGACAUCCAUCAUUGGUCACUUCUCUGGAGACUUUUUUUUAUGGAAACUUUUAUAUCACUAGAAACAAAUGACCCAGAAGAGGAGCGAUCUCUGAAUUAUAUGGACCUUCUGGAAUGGUACCGACCUCUAUCUGAUCACCAAAAAACAAUCCCACUUGUGCCUUCAAUGGGUCAAGCAGCUUCUGCCUUAGGCCUUGACUACCACUAGUCCCUCCUUGUCUAUCAUGUUGUUCCAUAAGGUGCAGUUCUGGAACCACAAGCCCCAUUAUAGUUAUGAUGUGCUGGGACUUGUUGUUCCAGAUUUUCCUGACACAAUCGGCCUGCUCCUCAGCUUCCAACAUUAAUUUAUUCACUAGAUGGAACCCAUAAUGGACUUUGUGGUCGCGUGGAGCCAUUUUGCGGGAGGAAGCGCUGAACGUUUCCAGAUUUUUCUAACAUUUGUAAAUAGCUGUUAUAGCAGUGAUGUGAGGGUGGCCUCCUGCCCAAAACCCAAGGACCCCACAGGCAGGAACGAUCCGGUCGUACGAUGCAGAGCUGGGGAUGUAUUCACUACUGAGUCGGUGCAGGAGGCAAUGGUGGCGCUGGAACCGGAAAGCGACCGUUCCAGCAGAGCAGGUACAGGGAACUUUUAUUAAAGGGGUAUGUUGGUAGACAUGUUAUCCCCUAGCCAAAGGAUUGCGGAGGUCCGUUGGGAACCUUUGCGAUCUCUGUGCAGGCACCAGGUGUUCUUAACAUUAUGGUCAGAAUUCUGGGUUCGGGAGGCCGAGGUCGGGAUGUCAUGCCACGCCCCCUCCAUUCAUGUCUAUGCGAGGGGGUGUAUAGUGAUGUCACAACCGUGGUCGCAUGACCAUGGCCAUCACAUCACGCCACGCCCCCUCCCAUAGACAUGAUUGAAGGUGGGGCGUGGUGUGAUGGCUGUGGUCAUGUGGCCGCGGUUGUGACAUCACUAUACGCCCCCUCCCAUAGACAUGAAUGGAGGAGGGGGGGGGGGGCGUGGGGUGAUGUGAUGGCUGUGGUCAUGUGGCUGCGGUUGUGACAUCACUAUAUGCCCCCUCGCAUAGACAUGAAUGGAGGAGGGGGGGGGGCGUGGGGUGAUGUGAUGGCUGUGGUCAUGUGGCUGCGGUUGUGACAUCACUAUAUGCCCCCUCGCAUAGACAUGAAUGGAGGAGGGGGGGGGCGUGGGGUGAUGUGAUGGCUGUGGUCAUGUGGCUGCGGUUGUGACAUCACUAUAUGCCCCCUCGCAUAGACAUGAAUGGAGGGGGGGGGGGGGGGCGUGGGGUGAUGUGAUGGCUGUGGUCAUGUGGCUGCGCUUGUGACAUCACUAUACGCCCCCUCCCAUAGACAUGAAUUGAGGGGGGUGUUGUAGGAUGUCACAGCCGGGGUCACGUGUCCACGGGCGGGACGUCACGACCAAGGCCUCCCAAAGCCAGCAUUCUGAACAUAAUGUUAAGAAUGCCGGGUGCCUGCGCUGAGAUCGCAGGAGGUCCCCAGCGGCCAAACCCCCCCGAUCUGACAUCUUAUUCUCCAUCCUUUGAAUAGGGGAUAACAUGUCUGGCAACGGAGUACCCCUUUUAAUGUUAAAAAUAGAAAAUCAAAGGGCCAGUCCAGUCAUUCUGGAACUUCCUAAAAGAUUUUGGUGUUUCCAUUCCUUGACAAUUUCAAGAUAUUUUCUUGUUGGUGCUGAGGACAGAACAGAAAUCCCUCCCCCGCAUAGGCUGAUAGCUCUUAUCUAUACUAAUACUUUGUAACAAACCCUCAGCACUGUGAGCUGGACUCUGUCAGGAUGGGUGUGAUCCACAACAUUUAUUGUUUUACCUCCAUUUAUCGAGUACAGUAUUUUCUUACAAAACCCAGCUGGCCCAGCGGUAGACGGUGAUGGGUGACUAUGAUAUAUUUGGAAUGGCCUCCUGGGAGUUGUAGUCCCUAUGCAUUAGAGGUGCCACAGUUUUGCUGCCACAACCUCCUAUUGCAGUCAUUGUGUAUGUAUUAUCCGGGGCCCGGCUCUAUCCCACAAUGCUGUAUGAGCACUGAUUUUAUUACUACUGAUGUGGAUCCCGAUAGGGGGGUUCAUUUUAUGGGGGGGGGGGGGGGGGUGCGCGGAGCUGACACUCGGUGACUGCUUUGUGAAGUGUAGAGUGUAAGGACGUCUUCCGCUUUAUAUGGUGACUGAGAUUAAUGUGUCUAUGUCCGGUGUGAUUGGAUAUUUAAUGUAAAGAUAGAAUUGUAUAACAAGCAUUGGAUAUGAUCCGUUAAAUCAUUGUACUUCUCUCCUAGCCUGUAGGGGGCAGUGCAGAACCGUAAUAAGGCAGGCUCAGGUAUAAUGUGCUAAAAUAAAACCAAUUC